CAAUCAAACACAAGAAUUACGAAAAGCGUAUAUAAUUUCUUCAACUCGAGGAAUUGUUCCACAAUAUUUUUCUCCUUCCUUUGAAUUUUCGACUUUCUAAUUUAAAUUAAACCCACUGAGAGAAGAAGAACCAUUUUUUAUUUUAUAUUUUUCCCAACAUUUUUUCUUAAUUCAUAAACUCGUUGAAAUUGAAUCUCUCGAAUAUUCAUUUCACUUUUCUCGUCCUCUUCUCCAAUGGAUGUUCGCGUGAAAGAAGAAGCAUUGGAAAUUCGUAAUGUUUCUCUCGAACAACGAAGGCAAAGAAAUAACUUCGUUUCGAACGUUCCUCCUCAUCCUGACUCGGUUAUUGAACUCAGUAGUAGCGAUUCCGAAUCCGAUUCCGAAUCCGAUGCUGAUUUGGAUACGGUAGUUGCUUCCGCUGUUCAAUCAGCAGGAAGCCCUUUCAAGAAAAGAAAGGUUAACGAGAAGGGAGGGUUUUUGCCCAUUGGAUUUCUAAGUCCUCUUCCUCCACAACAACCGUCGUCGUCGGAUGCUGUUUUGUAUCUUCCGGCGCCGGAGUGGGCUUCCAAUACUACGCCUAACCGUUUCAAUAAGAGUGUUAACUUUACACUUCAAGGUUGUAAGCAGUUUUGGAAAGCCGGAGAUUACGAUGGUCCUCCUGCACGUGCCUUCGAAACUUCAACCGUUGGUAUGGAUCAUGUCAGGGUUCACCCCAAGUUUCUACAUUCUAAUGCCACAAGUCAUAAGUGGGCUCUUGGAGCUUUUGCUGAGCUUUUGGACAACGCAUUGGAUGAGGUUUGUAAUGGUGCCACAUAUGUAAAUGUAGAUAUGCUUGUGAGUAAGAAAGAUGGCUCCAGGAUGUUGCUAGUAGAAGAUAACGGUGGUGGGAUGGAUCCUGAUAAAAUACGUCAAUGCAUGUCGCUGGGAUAUUCCGUGAAAAGCAAGAUAGCAAAUACCAUUGGACAAUAUGGAAAUGGCUUUAAAACUAGUACCAUGAGGCUCGGAGCUGAUGUAAUUGUGUUCUCCCGUUGUCAAGGGAAAGAUGGGAAGAGGUCUACACAGAGCAUAGGCUUGCUGUCUUAUACAUUUUUGAGGAAUACACGGAAGGAGGACAUUGUAGUGCCCAUGCUGGACUAUGAAAGAGAUGGACAGGGAUGGAAUAAAAUGUUACGAACCUCUCUGGAUGACUGGAAUAAUAAUGUUGAAACAAUAGUCCAAUGGUCACCAUUUUCUGAUGAGGCCGAUCUUCGUCGUCAGUUCAACCUGUUGAAAGAUCAAGGUACACGGGUAAUUAUAUACAAUCUCUGGGAAGAUGACCAAGGUCAGCUGGAACUUGAUUUUGAUGAAGAUCCAAAUGAUAUUCAAAUAAGAGGAGUAAAUCGAGAUGAGAAACACAUAAAGAUGGCUAAAGAUUUUCCCAACUCUACACACUUCUUAACUUAUCGACAUUCACUGAGGAGUUAUGCUUCAAUUUUAUAUCUGAGGUUUCCUCGAGGUUUCCGAAUUAUUCUUCGUGGGAAAGAUGUUUUGCAUCACAAUAUAGUCAAUGAUAUGAUGAUGUCUCAGGAAGUGACGUACAGGCCUCAAUCUGGAGUUGCUGAUGGGAUUCUAAAGGAUUCAAAUAUGGUUGCUAUUGUUACUAUCGGAUUUGUCAAGGAUGCAGUGCAUCAUAUUGAUGUUUCAGGGUUUAACGUUUAUCAUAAGAACCGACUCAUUAAGCCAUUCUGGAGGAUCUGGAAUCCAGCAGGAAGUGGUGGGCGUGGGGUCAUAGGUGUAUUGGAAGCCAACUUUGUUGAACCUGCUCAUGACAAGCAAGGCUUUGAACGUACAUUAGUUUUAUCAAGACUGGAGCAACGGCUGAUACAAAUGCAGAAGAGUUAUUGGGGAAGUAACUGCCAUAAAAUUGGCUAUGCUUCAAAUCGAAUUAAAAAACAUAUCAGUAGUUCUGCUGGUAAAGAUGCAUCACCGGAUCCUGUUCCAGAAUCAUCUCAAUCAAAAAGGAAAUAUUCUGCCACAAAUGGCAAGGCAACUCCAUUGGCAUCGGAUGAACUGAAUUCACACAGUAAACAAAAAAGGAUACGAAAAGAAACCGAAAGAUAUGUUGAAUACACAAAUGGUAGAGACCAAAGUUCAUCCGAACAAUCAUCAUAUGCUGAUGAUGACAGUGAUCAAAAUGAUGAUGUCUUGCCAAAGAACCAAACAAAGGGUGAUAGUCGAAAGACACGUAUUUUUGAAAAGUCAUUUGGAAAUAAGAAUGUAAGUUUUCAGGAUUCUACAUCAAGGGAAAAAGCCUUGCGGUCUAAACAAGGAUCUAUGCAAGAGGCAAAAGAUGUUAAUGAUUGUGAGCAACCACUAUCUGAUUCAUCGUCUCUAGAACAGUUGAGAAAAGAAAAUCGCGAGUUGAAGGAGAGAUUAGAGAAGAGAGAGGAAGAAAUAUUAGGGGAAGUAUUGCAAGCUUUACGGGAUGAGAAAGAUAAGUGCAAAUCUGUUGAAACUCGGCUACGUGAUGCAGAACAAAAGAUUGAAGAAAUGAACAAGGAACAAGAAACUCUCAUUGAUGUGUUCUCUGAAGAAAGGGAUAGACGUAAUGCUGAAGAAAAAAAUUUGAGAAAGAAGCUUCAGGAAGCAUCAAAUACCAUCCAAGAGCUGCUUGAGAAGGUUCGAUUGCUUGAAAGGAAGUCUUCAAGCGGCAAAUUAGAACGAUGAAACUACAUUUAAUUACUGUGGGCUUCUGAGUGGUGCAUCUAUGAUUGACAUUGGGAGCCUAAUUUUUUUAGUGGGAUGGUUUAUUUUUUUAGGUAGUUCCUUAUAGGACCAUUUAGAUAUUGUAUAUAAUUUCUGCCUGUCUUUUUCUUUUUUUAUUGAUAAGCUUCUGCCUGUCUUUUUUGCUAGCAUUGAAUUUUCUGGCCCAGUAGAUAGGAAUGGCUUGUUGGCUAAUUGAACCUUGUUAUUUUUUAACAUGGUAUUUGAAGCAAUUCUACGUACAUAGAAACAAGUUUAUUGGUAUA